AUUCUGUUUAUACCUUUUCAGAUUUUGGCAGAAUGUGAGUGGAAACCAUGAUAGGAGCAUCUGUUGCCAUCAGUUGCAAGAAUGGCAGAUUUUGAUGUAGAUGCAAUUUAUGAAGCUGAUAGUGAAGCGGCAUCAGAUCAAGUAGAAAUUGGCCUGACUUCAACCCCAGAUCCAAUCGUUGUCAGGGGUGCAGGAAAUGUCACAGUAUUUGGCCUAAGCAAUAGAUUUGACCAUGAGUUCCCAACAGCACUUUCAGCCAAGGUAGCACCAGAGGAGUACAAGGCCACAAUCUUGAGGAUAAACAGUGUUCUCCGCAAGACUUUACCCAUAAAUGUCAAGUGGCUGUUUUGUGGUUGCUUAUGUUGCUGCUGCACCCUUGGUUGUUCUCUUUGGCCAGUUGUCUGCCUCAGCAAGCGGACAAGGCACUCAAUAGAAAAAGUAUUGGAAUGGGAGAACAAUAAUCUCUAUCACAAAUUGGGUCUGCAUUGGAAACUUGAUAAGCGAAGAUGCCAGUCUUCCAACCUCAUGGAAUAUGUGCUGGUUUUAGAAUUUCUGCCAAAGAUUCCAAUUCAUCAACCUGAUUGAAAGAUGAACUACAUUGAUUUGCCAACCAGAAAUGUGGUGUGCUUUCUUUCAUCAUUUGUGCCUAUGCAUUUUUUUCCUCAAACAAACAUGGAAGGAGUGAGCAAUAGAUGACACCAAACACCCCACAACUAGGAGGCAGUGGCUUUUGUGAAGUUCCAUAAAAAGGUUAACAGUUAUCAAAAGUAUCACCCCUUUACCUUUACAUGUAGACAGACCUACAGGGUAUACAUUUGCACAGUAUUUGCAUGAAUUGUGACAGCAAUACAAGUCAUAAUGGCUGCACUUCUACUUGCAAAGGUAUAUGUGCAUGCAUUAGGAUUCACUGAUGUUGUUAAGUGUAGAUAAACUGGAUAAAAUUGGGCAAUCGUCAUGCUUUUGUUGUUUUCUUGCAAAACCUCACAAAGCAUUGCUCAGUUAGAAGAGAAAAGAAAUUGUCAUUAGGUGACAUGCACCAGACUUGCUUCAUUUAAACUAAUUUGAUCUCACAAUGGUCCUCUAUGGGAAAUGGUUUGAAGGAGAUGAUCUUAUUUCCAUAGACACCCAAUAUGAACCCAGAUAAGUUUAGAGAUAAAUGGAUCUGGUGCAUGUCACCCAUUGUAUACCAUUCACCUAGCAUGAUUGGUUCAGUGUCAGCAUAUGCACCCUUCCUGUGUAGUUGGUAUGUGGCAUUUGUUCUUAUGGUUUCCUUCCCCUUUCGAUCUCAAACUCCAUUAAACAGAUGUGCUUGGAUUUGAAUCUUGUUUUCCCAUUGUGAUACUUUUUUUUUUACCAAUGGGAAAUUCUCAUGUGCAAUGAGAAUGUCAUUAAUGGAACUCCAGUUUUGUUGCACUCUCUAGCAUCAUCCUGCAUGCUUGCUCAUUGAGCAGUUUCUAUUUAUUGACUUUGAAAUAAACCAGUAGACAUGUCAAUAUCAUGUCAUUCUAUCAUA